GCACCAUCGAAUCGCCUUUGGCCUAACCAUAUGCCCAGCACGGGCCAAGCGAGAGACAAGCAAAUAGUAUCUGUGGAGAACUGGAGAUAUAUAACAUACAGCUUAUGUGGUGAUAUAUAUCUACAGUGACGAAAUGCAGAUUGAACUCGAUCAGUACGGCCUCCAGCCCCAGCACCGCUGUAUAAGCAUGGCAAGCUUGGCCACGCCCAACACGACAACGCCGCUGUGUGCUCGCUCGCACGUGGUUUUGCUCCCCGAGAUGAGGACAGCGUCGGCGUGGCAGCUGCUCCUGCCGGCUGUGCUGUGCUGCUGCUGCAUCGGCGGCACGGCCGACGAGGGGUGGCGGUGCAGGUUCCCGGCCGUGUUCAACUUCGGCGACUCCAACUCCGACACGGGCGGCUUCUGGGCCGCCUUCCUGGCGCAGCCGCCCCCGUUCGGCGUCACCUACUUCGGCCGCCUCGUCAUCGACUUCAUAACUCAGGCCAUGGGGCUGCCGCUGCUGAGCCCCUACCUGCAGUCCGUCGGCUCCGACUUCCGGCACGGCGCCAACUUCGCCACCCUCGCCUCGACGGCGCUGCCGCCCAACACGUCGCUCUUCGUCACCGGCAUCAGCCCCUUCUCCCUCGCCAUCCAGCUCCGGCAGAUGAAGGAGCUCAGCAGCAGAGCCAUCGCCUCCGAUGACGCCAGUGGCCAGCUUCCCCCGCCCGGUGUUCUCCGCGAUUCUCUCUACACGAUCGACAUCGGCCAGAAUGAUUUCACCUCCAACCUGGCGUCCCAGGGCAUCGAGCGUGUCAAGCGAACGCUUCCUUCGGUUAUCAGCCAGAUCUCACAGACGAUGCAGGACUUGUACAGCAUCAGGGCUCGCAAAUUCAUGGUGUUCAACAUGGCACCGAUCGGGUGCUACCCGGCUUUUCUCGCGGAGCUUCCACAUGGCAGCCAUGAUCUGGAUGAGUAUGGCUGCAUGACAAGUUACAAUAGCGCGGUUGUCUACUACAAUGAGCUGCUGAACAACAGCUUGGCCAAGGUUAGGAAGACGCUGCAGGGUGCGUCGAUCGUGUACGUCAACAAAUAUUCCGUCAUGCUCGAGCUGUUCAGGCAUCCAGAAGAUCAUGGGCUCAAGUAUGGGACCAAGGCGUGCUGCGGAUGCGGCGGUGGAGCUUACAAUUUUAGCCCAGAUCUGUACUGUGGCACCAGCAAGGUUGUGAAGGGCAACAUCGCAAGUGCGACGGCCUGCGGAGACCCGCAGAACUACGUGAGCUGGGAUGGAAUUCAUGCCACCGAAGCUGCAAACAAUAUCAUAGCGUCUGCAGUGAUGAGUGGCGCCUACUCAUAUCCACCUUCCGGUCUUUCAAAACUUUGCCAGCCAUGACCCCAUAGCCUGAUCACAGCAUAAGUUUACUCAGAGAUACUGCUUGCUCAAACCAAGUUAUCCCGCUGUCAGAUAACAGCGCAAGUUCAGUCAGACACCAAAUUACUCAUUCUGUCAGUUAAAAGAUGUGUAGAAUGAUACAGAAAAUAAGAGCGUCAUAGUAAGUGUGUCCUGUUAUAGACUUGUUUCUGCUAUAAUGCACCACUACUUGUAGUA